UUCCCCUUGUCCCUACCCCAAAAGAACUACUAUCUUUAAUAUUGCAAAACCCAAAACAAAUAACUUCAGAAUCAUCAUUUCGACGAAUUUCUUGAAGUGGAAUUUUUGGUUUUAGUUUGUCGAUUUUAUUUGUGAAUUUGUCUUCAAAGCUAGCGUUCUGUGUUUCAAGUUUUAGGCAUUUUAUAUUUCUUGAUUUUGUUUAAUAACCGACGAUGAAACUAGGCUUUUAGCUAGCCAGAAAUGGAUAGAAUCCUCCCUGUGAUCCUCUAUUUUUUUAUUUUGGGGUUCCAUAAAAGGGUUUAUGGGAAUGCUGAAGUCGAUGCAUUGAAUAGCCUAAAGUCAAAUUUAAAGGAUCCCAAGAAUGUUUUGCAAAGUUGGGAUUCGGCCCUUCCCACCCCAUGUACUUGGUUUCAUGUUACUUGCGACCCUGGGAAUAAAGUUACUCGAGUUGAUCUUGGAAACGCAGACUUGUCAGGUCAACUGGUUCCGGAGCUUGGUCAACUUACAAAUUUACAGUACUUGGAGCUUUAUAGUAACAACAUCGCUGGAAAAAUUCCUUAUGAGCUUGGGAAGUUAAGACAGUUGUUGAGUUUGGAUCUUUACCACAACCAGUUAGAAGGUGACAUUCCAGACACAUUGGGCAACCUUCAGAAACUUCAUUAUCUUCGUCUGAAUAACAACGGUCUGAUGGGAGCUAUUCCAAAUUCGUUAACUACUAUAAAUAAACUAGAAAUUCUUGAUCUAUCCAACAACUUUUUGGAUGGAAGUGUCCCUUACAAUGGCUCAUUUUCGCGAUUCACAAACAUUAGUUUUCUCAAUAAUUCCAACUUGACAUUUGCGAAUGAUACAACACCGAAUGUUACACUGACACCUCCUUCAGUCCGUAAUGACAACACAUUAGCUAUUGCCGGAGGAGUUGCUGUCGGAGCUGCUAUCUUUAUUGCAGUUCCGUUGAUUGCACUUGCUUGGUGGCGGCGCAGACACCCACAAGAUCAUUUCUCUGAUGUAGCAGCUGGAGAGGAUCCGGAAGUUCAUCAAUUAGGGCAACUGAAGAGGUUUUCUCUACGUGAACUACAAGUUGCAACGGAUGAUUUUAGCAACAAAAACAUUCUCGGAAGAGGUGCAUUUGGGAAAGUUUAUAAAGGAAGGUUAGUUGAUGGGUCUUUGGUGGCUGUGAAAAGACUGCUAGAUCGUGUUCAAGGUGGUGAAUUGCAGUUUCAGACGGAGGUUGAGUUGAUAAGUAUGGCAGUUCACCGGAAUCUACUAAGGCUUCAAGGUUUUUGCAUGACACCAACCGAACGUUUGCUUGUUUAUCCGUUCAUGAUCAAUGGAAGCGUUGCAUCAUGUCUAAAAGAUCGACCCGAUACAAAAUCUGCACUCGAUUGGCCAACAAGGAAACGAAUCGCACUGGGGUCCGCACGUGGGCUCGCGUAUUUACACGAUCACUGCGAUCCAAAAAUCAUUCACCGUGAUGUAAAAGCUGCAAAUAUCUUAUUAGAUGAGGAAUUUGAAGCAAUAGUUGGAGACUUUGGGUUAGCAAAACUCAUGGACUACAAAGACACUCAUGUCACAACAGGUGUGCGUGGUACAAUCGGACACAUUGCCCCGGAGUAUAUAUCCACAGGCAGAUCUUCAGAAAAAACCGAUGUCUUUGGAUAUGGUGUGAUGCUUUUAGAGCUUAUCACCGGGCAACGGGCGUAUGAUCUUGCACGACUUGCUAAUGAUGAUGAGGUGAUGUUGCUUGAUUGGGUGAAAGGGCUUUUGGAAGAUAGGAAGUUGGAGGUGCUUGUGGAUCCGGAUUUAGGAGGUGAUUUGUUGAAUGGAGUUGAGGAGGUGAUACAGGUGGCGCUAUUGUGUACACGGGUGACACCGUGGGAGAGACCGAAGAUGUCUGAAGUGGUUAAGAUGCUUGAAGGUAAUGGGUUGGCGGAGAGGUGGGAGGAGUGGAAGAAAGAGGAGAUUCCAAAGAAAGAGGAUAGUCAGAUACAACAGAUUCGGUUUAAUUUUGAUUCGGGUUUUAAUCCUAGUAAUGAUCACUUGUCUGGUCCAAGAUGAUCAACCGUUUGUCUUUUUUUUUUUUGGUAGAUUUUUGUGUUGGGGAAUUUUCAAAAUAU